CGGGGUUUUCUUGUCUGACUGGAGACUAGCGAGCAGAUAGGCAGAUGAUAACAGCAUCAGUUGCUGUUACUAGAUCUCAAUGAACUGCCCUCGAAGAAGCCACUGAUCGUGCCUGCUGCUUUUUGCAGAGGUGGUAAACUGAUCAGUGUCCAGAAAAACGGCUCUAUGAGAUAUUUCUUCAUUGAGUCUUUUCUUUUUUUUAGUAUUUCAAGGUCUGUGUAGCCUCUUUCCACCAUGGUGCUAGGAAAGGUAAAGAGCUUCACAGUAAGCUAUGACUGUCUCAAUGACAGCAAUGUCCCCGUUUUCUCGAGCGGGGACUGCGUCUCAGGGAGGGUGAUCAUCGAAGUCACCGGAGAAAUCCGCGUGAAAUCUCUCAAAAUCCACGCGAAAGGAUUUGCAAAAGUUCGUUGGACUGAAUCGAGAAAUGCUGGAUCCAACACUGCCUACACGCAAAACUACACAGAAGAAGUGGAAUAUCUGAACCACAAAGACAUCCUAAUCGGACACGAGAGAGACGAUGAUAACUCUGAGGAAGGACUCACCACUAUCCAUUCAGGAAGACAUGAGUAUGCAUUCAGCCUUGAGCUUCCACAGACACCUCUGGCUACCUCUUUCGAAGGGAAACAUGGCAGCGUGCGCUAUUGGGUAAAGGCGGAACUCCACAGGCCAUGGCUCCUACCCAUGAAGACCAAGAAAGAAUUUACAGUCUUUGAGCACAUUGACAUCAACACUCCAUUAUUGCUGUCACCACAGGCCGGCACAAAAGAUAAGACACUUUGCUGUUGGUUCUGCACCUCAGGUCCUAUUUCCCUAAGUGCCAAAAUUGAGAGGAAAGGAUACACCCCAGGGGAGUCAAUCCAGAUUUUUGCUGAGAUCGAGAACUGCUCAUCACGCAUGGUCGUGCCAAAGGCGGCCAUCUACCAGACGCAGACCUUCUACGCCAAAGGGAAGAUGAAGGAGGUCAAGCAGCUGGUGGCUAACCUGCGGGGAGAAUCUCUGUCCUCCGGCAAAACAGAGACCUGGAACGGAAAGAUGCUGAAGAUCCCGCCAGUCUCCCCCUCCAUCCUGGACUGCAGCAUUAUCAGAGUGGAGUACUCUCUCAUGGUGUAUGUGGACAUACCUGGGGCGAUCAACCUGUCCCUGAACCUGCCUCUUGUCAUCGGAACCAUCCCUCUUCACCCAUUUGGUUCCCGCACCUCCAGCGUCAGCAGCCAGUGCAGCAUGAGCUGGCUGGGCAUGGGUCUGCCUGAAAGGCCGGAAGCUCCUCCAAGCUACGCUGAAAUUGUGACAGAAGAGCAGAGGCAGAACUGUCUGGAUGUCCCAGCAGCCCGCGAGGAGCUGGACGGACCUCUCUUUGCCUAUAUUCAUGAGUUCCGCUUCCAGCCCCCUCCUCUGUACUCUGAGAUUGAUCCUAACCCAGAUCAUGCCAGCCGUACAGAGGAGCGCAGACUUGAUGCCUGCCCAUCACGCUGAGGAUAUCCCAGCAAUUCCCCUGAGAUGUUUGGGGAAACUCAAAGAAGCCUAGCUGUAAGGCUCAGCUUUGAUUAUUUUCUCAGCUGACAGCAUUCACAAAAUGCUGUCGACAAUAAGAGGAAAAACAAGAAUAUCCAACCAAAAAAACCAAACAAAAACGCGUGAGUCGGGUUGGACGAAUCUGUUCCUGCCUUCCCUCAGCAAGAGAAAUGGGAGUCACCAGUUCCGGGUGUCUUUCCUUUCCUGUGUCAGCUUGCUGAGGGUGACAUAUGUACAGAUGAACAUGUAUCCAUUCUGUAUGCGAAGAGGGCGGGGUAAAAAAAAAAAAACCUCUAGUAGCGCGAGCCCUGGUGAUGGUAUUGACAAUGACAAUGACGAUGACGAGGAAGAACCGCCACGGCUCAGCCUGCCAAGCUCCUCUUCACCCCUGACUCUUCUGUACCUGUGGCACAUAAGGACUUAGCUCCUCUCACAAAGGACAGAACUUGUCAUGUCCGUUCAUCAGCAGAACUCACCUUAAGGAAAUGGGAUGAAGAGAAAAAGGUGUCACCACCGUAGUCCUGAAAGUAAGCUUUCAGCAGCAGCAUCAGUCAUCAAAAAAAAGCAAAUACUAGGUCCUUCUGCCUCAUUUAUGGAUUUGUUUUGCACAUCUUGUUCUUUACUUGAGUUGUGUGGCCCUGUUUAAUGAGAGUUUAAAAAAUAAUCACUAAUAGUUUAGUUUCAGCCUUGCAACGCACCAGACUAUGAGACUAUAAGACUUUGAUCUGCAUCACUCUGAGCAUCGCUGAGAGUAGGAUUUGUUUUAAAAAAGAAAAAGAAAAAACAAAGACUGAAAAGUACAAGAACAAUGCACUGAAAUUGUUUAAGUUGUUUAAGAAUUUUCAUUUUCUUGUGACUAACAACAACCAGACAGUACUUGUACAACAGCUGCAGCACACUUAAUCUCCAUGUGGGAGCUUUCUUCUUUUCUCUCUCUCUCUCUCUCUCUUUUUUUUUUUUUUUUUAACUACGUUGCCUCCUAAGCUUGAAUCUGUGGUUUCCCUCCUCUUGAGUUGAGCUUUUCUUGUUAUUCUGUUCUUGUAUUCGCUCCAGUCACAGAAAAGCUUGCAACAAUUUUAGUUUUGUGGUGGCUCUGGAUUUGGACUAGCAGGGUUGCAGACUUUUGCCACUCAAUUUGAAGCUGACGGGAAAAGCGCUUGCUUGCGUGGGUGUGUGUGUAUGUGUAUAAUUUGUGUGUGUGUGAGACAUAAAGUGGUGCCCUAUUGAGGGACUCACCCUAAUUGUUUGCAGCCCCUCUACUCCUAAUCUCAGGGCAAGCCAGGCUUGCAUAACUGCCCGAAUAGCACUGUCUCAGGUGGUCUUCUCACUUGUUAAAAGGGGGAAAAAGAGAGAGAAGAUAAUGUUUUGAGGUUUUUGUUUUAAUUGCACUGCUUAGAAAAAAUAAUGAAGUUUUUGUUCACUACCAAAAUGAGAGGCAGACCUGUAGAGGAGCGAGGCAGCUUUUUCUUUUUGAGACGAAUCACAUUCCCUUUUUGUCCUGCUGCACUUUCCCACUUCAUCCAUUACAGACUUUACCAGACCAGUGAAGCCAGGAUGCUAAUUCCAAAAAAAGAAGAAAAAGAAGGAAAAAUGUUUUUGAAAUAAGAAAGUAAAGCCGGCACAAAUGAAAUGCUGGGAAUGUUGCUGAACUUCUGUUCAUGCUGGUCAGAGCAAGUAGUAGUAGUCGUAGCAGUAGUAGUAGUAGUAAAUUGAAAUGAGUAAUACAUUGGUUUCCUAACUCAUUCAUGAUAAAAGACCAGCUGUAACAGAGGUUCAGCAUAUUCAGGAAAAGAUGACAAGCAGCACUUUAAAAAAAAAAAAAGAAAGAAAAAAAACACUAAAUAAGAAAAAAAUGUAGCAUUCAGUGGUGAAGGUCUGGAUUUAAUAACUACUUGGUAUUAACCAUGUGUUAGAGGAUUUUUAAGUAAAGUGGUGUUGUGUAGGACGCAAAUGCAUUAUUCAGUCUUUUUAAGAUUAGUAACUCUUUUUUUUUUCUUUCCCUAAGUUUACAUUUCAAAACGUAGCUAAGGCAACUUUGUGUGUGUGCUCGGUGUGUGCAUGCUCUUAUCAAGAUCCUGCUGGCAACUAACCAUACAGCUUCUGACAGUGCUCAGCGAACUGCAGAUUAUUAAAGUGAUCUUAUCUUAGUGGCCUUGACACAGAAAGGACUUGAUCAUGAUGCUUCAUUUUUCAAUGUCUCUGCAACUCUUGUUCUCGUUUCUCUUUGUUUAACACUUGUAUGUUUUCAGACCUUUCCGUGGGUUUUUUUUUGUUGUUGAAAUGGACAAAAAGGGAAGUGAGAAAAAAGACAUUUAAAGCAAGGGUUGUUUUAAACAAAGAAACAAAAAAAAAAAAGACAUCUUGGACAGGCCUUGAUUGUGUCAUAUUUUUUUUUUCCUGAAGCUGAUGAGGGUUGACUAUUAUCUUUUUCCAUGUAUUUCUGGGCAUUGAUAGGUUGGUUUUUAUAAUUUUAACAAACAACCUUUUGGGUUGGUCUCCCUGACCUGUCUGAUCCCCUUCAGGCCAGGGAGUGGCAGCUGUUGAUCAGCACCCUUCUCCCUUCAAGAAACAUUUAUGUAACCUGGGACAAAACACUUUCUUUUUGUGGUAACUAAUGUACUUGUUUUGCGAUUCUUUGUUGGGGGUUUUAUCUUAGGGAAACUGAAUCAAGCUACGCGGUAAUGAAUAAGCUUACAUAUUUGUUUCAGGUGGGUCAAUUCCAUAGUCCAUUUGCUUGGGCCUCAGAGUAGUCCAGUGUCAAAACUAAGCUAAAUUCCUGACCUGAAGAAGGCAGGAACUGAAAUGUUCAGAGAGAUGGGAUGUAGGAGAUGGGAUCUGAAACAUUUUAGAAACAAAGUGCAAUAUUACGCAAAGAAUUUUCUUCAUUUUCAUUUUUUUUCCAUCAUGAUGAUGUAUUGAUAUUCUAUGAAUAUACUAUGUUCUGAAUGCUUUAACCUUUCGUCUAGUUCUUCCUCUUGAUUUGAAUAAACAUUUGUUCUAAAUUACACAA